AUGAGAAAUCAUUCAUUCAAUCAAAUCAUUCUACUUUCUAAAAAGCCCACGCACGCACACAUCACAAACAAUAAUCAAUCUUCUUCUGUAGUAUCGACGUUAAAUCUAGACUUAUUUGAAAAUGAAUUGUUUUGUUUUCCCAAUCCACCUCAGAAGCCGCCAUCAAAUGCAUCACCAGAUGAACAAGCACUUUUCUGGAAAUUAUUACAUAAUUAUUAUGCGAUCAUCGCUCGACCUCGAUUCGGCAAACGCUCAGAGUCGUUCGUUAAACAUCCAUCGUAUUUAGAAACUGGUCAUUUUGAUUCCGCACCAUCUGCUUCAUCGGAAUAUGACAUGGAUCGUUUCAAUCAUCCGAUCAAUGUUGACAGUGUUUAUACAUUCGAAAAUUCAGAUAAAAAACGACGUCGACGACGAUAA